AUGAACAAUGACUCUUCGCCAACUGACCUGCCCAGGAGCGAGAACCCCACGAGCACGAGCGAGGCAGGACAAGCAGCAGAUUCGGUAGAGUCUACGCAGAGACGACAGGAUGAGGAAAGUCCGGCGGUCAAGAGAGCCCAGGCGCAGAUGAAAAAGAAAUUUGAGUUCAUCACGAGUCUCACGAAUAAUCUCGAUAUCCUCAUCUACGCUGAGCUGAGCUUAGUAUAUUACAUGGACUGCUCACUCUUCCGACUUCUUCUCCGCGUCCUCAAUCAAAUGAUCUUCCUCACGCCAAAACCCAACUUUAUACCGCCUGCGGCUCAACACCGACCCUACAUCGGCGCCAUCUUUGGUCCCAACCUCGUCUGUAUACUCCUACAUAUCUUUACUGCGCGGUCCGAAGCUGGCGAGGUUAUGCGGGGCUAUCUCCAUGGGGGCGUGAUCGUCGAUCUCAUUGGGCAAAAAGGGCCAACGUCGAAAAUACACUUAGUGUUACUGGAUCUGCUGAUUCUCGGGCUGCAGUGUUUUAUGCUUGCAGUCCAUGUGGAAAAAGAGAGGUUAUCAGCUUUAAUAGCAGCAUACCUGUCGCCAGCUACAUCAGCUACGGAUCAACCACGAGCAACUGUAGCCUCAGCACAGGACCAUGAUGCGGAAGAACGAGGAAUCAUGAGAACUGGGGUUACGGCUAAUGGGGAUAUGGAACUACAACCUAUGACAGCACGAGGUGAUGGACCCUCUACGAUGGAAACCGAAGGGCAAGAGCGAAACGAAGAGCGGGAACGGCUCUUAGCUGAACCACCUCCGCGGGAAGACGACGAGGAUCCUUUGGAUACAUUUUGGUCUGGAACGGCUAUUUUGGCGGAUUUCCAUGUGAUACACAAUCUAAAGAAGCAGUGGGCGGAUUAUGGGAAUGCAACUGAAUCUGCUAUUCAGACUAUGGGUUUCAGUGCAGAGUUCGCUGCUGUUGCAGCGAAUCGUCGUUUGAACGCUGCUAGUGCAAGGUUUCAGCAAAACCUGACCCCUUGA